AUGGCUGUCAGAGCUGGUUCCCUGUGCAGAGCGGCAGGCUGGCACAGUGAUGAGGAUAAUGAUGUCUUUGUGUCACAUCAAAUCACACAGCGGGAGACGGAAGGCCGGGCCCAGGGGCCCUUUGGCCACAGAGUGGGGGGGUGGGGGGGGGGGGGCGGGGCGGGGGCGGGGGGGAGUGGGGGGGGGGGGGGGGUAGGGGGGGUGGGUGGGGGAUGGGUUGUGGGGGUGGGGAGGGCGGGGAGGGGGGGGGGGGGGGCGGGGGUGAGGGGUGGGGGGGGGGGGCGGGGUGAGGGUGGUGGGGGGUGUUGGCUCGGGUGUGCAGCGGGGUUGGAGGUGGAGGGUGGGGUGUGGGGGGGGGAGUGGGUGGGGGGGGUGAGCCGGUGGCGGAGGGCGGGGGGGGGGGGGGUUGUGCUGGGGUUGGGAAGGGGAGGGGGGGGUAGUUUUUGGGGGUGGUGGGGGAUGUUUUGGGGGGUGGUGGGCGGGCUGCGGUUGGGUGGUGCGUGGUGGGGAUUGGUUGGGGGGUGGUGGGGGUGCGGGAGGGGGGGGGGGGUGAGGGUGAGGGGUCGGGGGUGGGGUGGGGGGGGGGUGGUGGUGGGGGUGUAUAGGUCGGGGGAGGCCGGGGAGGGGGGGGAGGGCGAGGGGGGGGAGGGGGGGGGGUGGGUGGGGGGGGGGGGGGGGUGGGGGGUGGGGAGUAGGGCCAAGUGGGGGGGGGGGGGGUGUGGGGAGGGGGGGGGGUGGUGGGGGGGGGGUGGUAGGGGGGGUGGGGGGGGGGGGAGGGGCGGGGGGUUGGGCUGGGUUGGAGGGGGGACGAGGGGGCGGGUGGCGCGAGGGGAGGUGCGGGUGGGGAUGGGUGUUUUGGGGGGGGCGGGGAAGGGGGGUGGGGGGGGGACGGGGGUGGGGUUUGUGCUGGGCGGGGGUGGUGUGGUGGGGGCGGGGGUCAGGGUGGUGGGGGGUGGGUGGGGGGGGAUGGAGGGGGGGGGGGGGUUGUGGGGGUGGGUCGGCGUGUGGUGGCUGAGGGGGUGCUGGAGGGGGGGUGGGGAGGGGGGGGGGGGUGAAGGGGGGUGGGGUGGAGGGGGGUGGGUGGGGGGGGGUGGGGGGGGUGUGGUCUGGGGGUCUGGGGUGGAGGUGGGGCGGGGGGGGUUGUGGGCGGGACGGGUGUGGUGGGUUUUGGGUGGUGGCGCGGGUUGGGGGGUUUGGGGGUGUGUGGGGUCUGCGGGGGGUGGUAGGUUGGCGGGGGGUGGGGGGGGGGGGGUGGGGCGGGGGGAGGGCGGGGAGAGGUUGGGGGGUGGGGGGGGGGGGGGGACGGGUGUAGUGGGGGGGGGGGGGGGGGGGGGGGGUGGAGUGUGGGGUGGGGUGGAUGGGUGGGACGGGGGGGGUUGGGGGUGGGUAGGGUGUGCGGCGCUGGGGUGGUGGGGGGCGGGGGGGAGGGUAGCGUGGGGUGGGAGGGGCGGGGAGGGGGGGGUUCGGGGGGGGGGUGGGGGGGGGGGGACUGGGUUGGCGGGUAGGACGGGGUGUGGGGUGGGGGAGCGGGGGGGGUGGGGUGGGGGGGGACGAGGGGGGAGGGAGGGGUGGGGUGGGGGUGGGGAGGGGGGGGGGGGGGGGUGGGGUGGGGGCGGGGUGGGGGUUGGUGGUGAGGGGGCAGGGUGCGGGUGGGGUGGGACGGGGGGCGGGUGGUGGGAGGGAGGUGGGGGGUGGGGGGGGGGGGUGAAUGGGGGGGGGGUGGGGUGGGGAGGGGGGGAGGGGGGUGACGGGGGGGGUGGGGGGGGGCGGGAGAGAGAUGGGGGGGGGGAAGGGGAGGAGGAGGCCGGGGGUGGUGGGGCGGGGGGGGGCGGGUGGUGGGGGGGGGGGGUUGGGGUGUGGGGGGUGAGGCUGAGCUGGGAAGGGUUGGUGGGGUUGGUGGGGGAGGGGUGGGGGAAUCGAGUUAUUGGUGGGUGGUGUUGUGGGGGGAGUCGGGAUGAGGGGCGAGCGUUAGAGACCGGUCGGGGGGGGGGGGGCGGGGUGCGUUGGGGAGGGGGGUGUGGGUGGUGUUGGGUGUGGGGGAUGCUGGGGGGGGGUGGUGGGGGAGGUGGUGUGGGGGGGGGGGGCGUGGGGGGGGGGGGGGGAUUUGGGGGGGGUGUGGGGGGGGGUAGGGUGGGGGCGAGGUGGACGGGGGGUGUGGCUUGGGGGGGGGGGAUUGUGUGGGCGGGGGGUGGUGUGCGGGUGGGGGGGGAGGGUUUUGGGCUGGAGGGGUGGGGUGGUUUGGGGGGGAGGGUGGGUGGGGGGGCUGGGGGUAGAUUGGGGGGAGUGGGUGGGGGGGGUGCGGAGGGGGGGGGGGGGGGUGGGGAGGCCGGGUUUGGGUUGGGUUUCUCGGGGGGGGUGUCGCGCGAGGCGGGGGCGUGGGUUUGGCCGGAAAGGAGGUGGGAGGGGGGUGGGUGCGGGACGGGGGUGGGUUGGGCGCUGUGGGGGGGGGGCGAGCGGGGGGGGGGGGGGAGGGGGGGGGUGGGGGGGCGCGGUAAGGGCGUGGGGGGGGGGGGGGGGCUGGUGGGGGGGGGGGGGGGGUGGGUGGGGGUGGUGGGGGUGGAGGGGGGGGGGAGGGGGGGGGGUGUGGGUGGGGGGGGGGGGGUGGGCGAGCGGGGGGGGGGUUUGUUUGUGGGGGGGCGUAGGGGGGGUGGGGGUUGGGGGCUGUGGGGGGUGCGGGGGGGGGUGGGUGGUGGGGUGAGGGGGUGGUGGGGGGGUGGGGGGCGGGGGAACGGCGUUGUGUGCGGGCGGGUGGAGUCGGGGGGGACGGUGAGGGGAGGGGGGAGUGGGGGGGGGGGGGGCGGCCGAUGUGGGGGGGGGGGCGGGGGGCGGUCUGUAGGUUGGGGGGGGGAGGAGUUGAGGUGUGGUGGUGCGGGGGUGUGUCGGGGGUGGGAGGGGGGGGUGGGGUGA